AAUAUUUCGGCGUUGCGUAAGCAGAAAAAGGAGUUAUUGGUUAAAAUAGCUAAAAUUGAAACAAAGUGUAAAGAAAGGGAAGCACGCGGUGUUUGUUUAAAUGAAGAAAAAACGUAUGAGCAAAAAGAUUGUGGAACAUGAUAAUAAUAAACAUAUCGGUUUGGCGGUUCAAACUAUUGGUUAUCAACCCGUAGAAGAAUCUGUUCAUUCAUCAAUCACCGAAGUGGAACAAGGACAGAAUCAACUGUUACGAAUGAAAUCUCAAUAUAAGAUUAAUGAGACGGCACAAGAAGAGCAAGUUAUCGACCACCAAGAACCAGAAAAUAAAAACCAAACUGAAGUUAUAUAUUCAAACUUUUCAUAUGUAUCGUUGCUGAGGAAGUUAAAACAUUUUAAGAAAAAGCCUUCAGUACUAAAAUCUUAUUCGUCUUCGUGGCUUCAAAACUUUUUUCCAUUGCCAGAAUUAAGUAAUACGCCAAAUCUUGAAGAAAGUCAAAGUUCUACCGAAUCAUACGCUGAGCUGCUAACGGACAUUAAUAUUUAUGAAACAAACGAACCAUUUUUGAAAGAAGACAAUAAUGAGGUCUCAACAGAUUUCACUUCGGAGACGAUUGAAGACGAUGAACUGUUAGCCUGUCCAAGCAAUUAUUUAGAAACCGAAACGAAAAAGGAAUUAAAUUAUGAAGAUAUUCAUAAUAUAACACUGGCAGAUGACGAGGAAGAUCCUAACAAACCCCAGAUGUUAUCGCAAAUACAAGAUUUAAUGAGUGAGCAGAUAGCGUCUGACACGGUAUUAUUUCUCAGUGCACUUAUUGAUGAAGUGGUAGACAAAUACGAAUGUAAAUAUAGUGAACCGAAUAUGUUGCUUCAACAUAACCUCAACAAGCCCCUAUUAAUAAAUCAAUUAAUAAAAAAACUCGCCCAACUAAAAGUUGAGCGAAAGAAACGCGUGUAUCUAAUUAAAAGUGUAGGCAUGUUUUGUAACAGCAAAGGACAAUAUCGGGUUUUUGCUGAAGACACUCCGCAGAGCAUUGAGGCACUGAAGCAAAACUACCAAGAUACUUUAAUGAAACUCGAUAUAAGUUUAGAAAAAGAAGAAAACCUUAAAAUAAAAGUGCAAAUGAAGAAAAUGGAGCUUGAGGGCAAGCUGUCAUUGCUACAGAAUAAAAACGAUACAAAAUUGCUGGAAUUGGAACGACUCGUUGAAGAAACCAUUGGCAACAAAAAAGAGCACUUAAAAAUGAUUGUUAAGACCGAACUAAGUGCCAUGAGCAAGCUACGAGAUGAAGUAUCGGCACGACGUUGCGAGUUGAUCCGAAAACAGCAUACGCAUAUCGUACUUAAGGAGAAAGUAGAGAAAUUCAGAGAUCUAAGCGACACCGUGACGUUUUCUGACUAUGAGCAAAUGUAUGGUUAUGUUCAGGAGUUGGAACAGAAAAUGAGAGAACGUAAUGCUCGAUGGGACAGAAUGAAAUCACGCUUCCAUAAGGCUCUGCAUUUAAAGGGACACUACAAGGAGCAGCAGACUUCACUACAAUCGAAAGUUAAAAUCCAAAAAUCGAUACUCCAGCAAUUGCACCGGGAAAUGCAUACUACUCGGGAUAUAGUUUCAAAACUGAAGAGAGAGCGAACGCGCAUAAAAAAGCAGAUUUCAAAAGUGCAUAUCGAAUCUAGCUUAUUCGAUAAGCCAGCAUUAUUAAUGGACUACGACGCGACCUUAGAGAAAAUAACCAAGGCCAAAAUAGAUGUGAAGUAUUUGCGUCAGCAACAUGAUAAUAUUAUAUGUAAAAUAGCACAACUUGAACGUAAUAACUUAUUAAAUUUUUGAUAUUUUUUCAUCGCUUAAAA